UCUCCCAAGUUGAUUCCUGCCAACAACUGCAGGAUGCUGUCCUCUCCCUGUGUAAUGACAUGCUCACGGACCUGUUCCUGCAUCCUGGGGCUGGGCCUAGGGACUGCAGCCCUGUUUGCUGCUGGAAUCAACAUAGUACUCCUCUUUCCUAAUUGGGAUAGGACCUACCUGUUGAGGGGCCUUAUUGGCAAACAUGCCAUGCUGGGCUCUGGGCUCUGGGGAGGAGGCCUUAUGGUUCUCACUUCAGCGACUCUCAUCUCCAUGAUGGGUUGGAGGCAUUGCUGCUUCAGUGAGAAUACACCUUGUCAAAGUAUGCUGACUGCUAUGUUGUCCAGUGGCCUGGCUUUGCUUGGAGCCUUGAUUUGCUUUAUUACAUCUGGAACAGCCUUGAGAGAUGGUCCUUUUUGCAUGUUUUAUGUCUCAUCCUUCAAUCAGACUCGAGCUUGGAAAUAUGGCUACCCAUUCAAAGAUCUGAAUAGUAGAAAUUAUUUGUAUGACCAUUUGCUCUGGAACUCCAUCUGCCUGGACCCCCCCAAAGCAGUUGUUUGGCACGUGUCCUUCUUCUCCAUCCUUCUGUGCAUCAGCCUCCUCCAGCUUCUCAUGGUGGUCAUUCAUUUCAUCAACAGCUUCCUCAGUCUGUUCUGCAGCUUCUGUGAGAAGUGA